AUGAUAGCGUAUUUGAUCGAAGGGUUUUUUAAUGCGACAUUGCAAGCCCAGGCGAAAAUGCGCGAAUUCAAGAGUACGUCGGCAUUGCUGAGAGUGAUGAAUGAAAUAACGCCAUAUAAACGGGGCAUUUCGCAGAAUAUGAGCUGGAAACCACCGCCGUCUGUAGUAAUACCGAAGGUAGUGGAAUGUUUUAAUUGCGGUGAAAGCGGCCACAGGGCGAUAGGAUGCUCGAAGCCUAGGAGACAAAAAGAUGCAUGUUACUCGUGUGGAAAGUUGGGACAUUCGCUGCGAGACUGUCCGCUAAAAGCAUCUACAGAGAGUUCGCAAAAGGCAUUGACAGACUAUUCGCCAAAGGCAUCUACAAGCAGAGAAACGGAUAGUACCACGAAUAGGACGCAUUAUAUAAAUCACAUCCCGCGAUAA